AUGCGUCAGGCUAAAACUGGAUCACGUGUAGAGAAGAUCGUCCUCCUCGGAGCACAGUCCUCAGGCAAAACAUCAAUCGUUACAAGAAUUCAGAACAAUACAUUCAACGCAAAUGCAGGCUCUACAAUUGGUGCUGCAUUUACAUCUAAAAUUAUGAUGGUUGACGAUACCCAAGUUAAGCUUGAUAUUUGGGAUACAGCAGGUUCAGAAAAAUAUAAAUCACUUAUUCCAAUGUACUACAGAGAUGCUCGCGCUGCAAUCAUCGUUUUAGAUGUUACACGUGAAGAAACAAUCCCAGCUGCUGUUGAAUGGCUCAAUGAGCUUCGUGAGCACGGAAAGCAAGAUUGCGUUGUUGUCUGCGCUGCUAAUAAAGUUGAUUUAACUUCACAAAGAGUUAUCACUUCAGAACAAGUUGCAGACUUCGCCUUCUCAAACCAAGUUUCCUUAUACAAAGAAACAUCUGCUCUCACAGGCUCAGGCAUUCAGGAGCUUUUCAACGAAACAGCUAGAUUAUUGAUCAAAUUGCCAGCAGUUGAAUCACAGGAAGACACCGAAUUGAAGGGACUUGUCGGAAACUUAGAUACAACCAAUCAGCCACCACCAAAGAGUGGAUGCUGCUAA